UUUUAAAAAUUUUCUGUAGGUAUUAUAUCAAGGGAUAUAAUGGACGAGGAAGAGAAAAUGGAUGUAGACAUUGCAACAGGCUCUGGCUGCGAGCCUGAGCAGCUCAAUCAUCACGAUUCAAGAAUGAAAAACUUUAUUCAUGCGGCCAAAAUAUGGAAUCGAAUGCCAUUUUAUCAACGCGAAGCUUAUCGUAAUAUAUACGAUGAUGCAGAACACAGUCCUAGCUGUGUGAUGAUGGAUGUAAGCGAUUAUGACAGUCAAGACGAUUAUCCAAUGCAUGAUCCCAAUGCAGGGAAGGCUCCACGCUAUGCCAAAUGCGCCAAUAAACAAAGUGCUAAGCGCAAGAAGCCGAAAAAAUGGAUCAAACCGGGCCCCGUGACAAAUAAUGCUUAUCUGAACUUCGUGCGCACGGUUCGACGUAAAUAUUGCGGUCUGCAGCCUAAACAGCUAGUAAUACUCGCGGCAUACGAGUGGAGAAAUCUGAGCGACUCUAAAAAAGAAAAAUACCGUCGUCAGGCUUACGAGAUCAGUGCCAUUGAACGCGAAAAACGCCAAUCCAAUUACCAAAAGCUGCGACGCACGCAUUACCACCAUUAGCGCACCGUCUUCAAUUCCAUUUUAAAUGUGUAAAAUUUCCAAAUUUUCAGUGCAUUUUAAUCAUUAAAUGGGCUUA